AAUGGAUAAAUAUCUUACUAGGGAGUCUAAAAGGCCCAAAGAAAAGAAAGAAGAAGAGAGCGACAAAACGAUGAUAACCGUUGAGUCAUAUUCCACUACAAUAAACGAAAACAAUGUUUUAACUUCUAUUUUUCCCUCAGAUAAAAAUAAUGAUCAGUGUGUAGAAAAAAGUUUACAACAAAACAGUCAAUGUCCAGCAGUAGUUCCACAGUGUUUUAAACGUUGGCAAACUACCUAUUCCUGGCUAGAACUUUGUUCAAACAAAGCAUUUUGUUCCGUUUGUAUUGAUGCAAACGAGAAACAAUUAACAAACAUAAAAAAUAGACAUUCUGAAAAUUCUCAAAACGCUUUUGUUAAAAACGGAUUUUGUUCUUGGAAAAACGCCUCUAUAAGACUAAAGAAUCACAAUAAUAGCAAAUUUCAUAAGGACUCUCUAGUAGCAUUAGCUAAUUAUAAAAAAACAAGCGUCAUUGAACACAUAAGCAGUCAAAAACAGAGUGAGAUGAUGUUGGCUCGAACAGCGUUAUUGAAGAUAUUUAGCACUAUACGUACUCUAGCUCGACAAGGAUUANCUGUACGUGGAAGCAAUAAUGAUGAAAAUUCCAAUUUGCAACAAUUUUUAAAAAUGAGAGCAGAAGACUCGACUGAAUUACAUGCUUGGCUAAAUAGGUCUAGUUAUAAAAGUACCUGGCUACAUCACGAUGUCAUUAAUGAGAUAUUACAAUUAAUGGCUAAUAAAAUUUUGAAAGAGAAACUUAAAUUGAUUAAGUCAUCGAAAGUAUUUUCUAUACUAAUGGAUGAGACCUCAGAUAAUUCUAGACUAGAGCAAGUAUCACUAUGUGCAAGAAUUGUUUUGGAAGAUCUGACUAUUGAAGAGAUAUUUUUGGGGUUUUAUCAGACAAGUGAUACUAAGGCAGAAACAUUAUUUAAAAUAUUACAAGAUGUUUUAAUCCGAUAUGAUCUAAGCAUCAACAACUUGAGAGGGCAAUGUUAUGAUGGAGCGUCUAACAUGAGUGGAAAAUUAACGGGCUUACAGACACGUAUACUCGAAAUUGAACCACGUGCUUUAUAUGUUCACUGCUCAGCGCAUUCGCUAAAUUUAGUUGUACAAGAUGCUUUAGAAAAUGUAACGUCAGCAAGAAAUUUCAUUGGAUUUGCGAAAGAAAUAAUCAAUUUCAUUAGAGAUUCGCCAAAGCGAUUAUGUCAAUUUAAAACCUUACAAUCAGAAGGAAAUCGAAAUUUGACACCUUACUGCCCUACAAGGUAAUUUUCUUGGUUUUCUUAAUAUUAUAUGCAAUAUUAUAUCUUUUAAAAUAAAUAUUAAAAAUGCUUUUCUUAAAAAGUA